AUGGCCGUUCAAUCGAGAGUUGCAGCAGUCACUGGCGCCAACAAGGGCAUUGGUCUUGCCAUCGUGCGCAAUCUGGCCCUCACAUACCCCUCAUCGCCUCUCCGGCAGGGCCCUCUGACCAUCUACCUCUGCGCACGCUCAGCCUCGCGAGGCGCCGAAGCAGUCAAGACUCUCGAGAACGACCCCCAGCUCAAGCAGGCAAGAGUCCUCGCUCAGCACGGCGGCGACACAACAAUCACCUUCCACCAGUUCGACGUCAGCGACCAGUCCAGCAUUCACAACUUCCGCGACUUCCUGCGCAACACUCACCCCGACGGCAUCGACAUCCUGAUCAAUAAUGCCGGCAUCGCCAUGGACGGCUUCAACACCGAGGUCGUCAAGCAGACGCUGGCCACAAACUACUACGGCACCCUCGAAGCCACCCAGUCCAUCCUGCCCUUGAUCCGCGACGGCGGCCGCCUCGUCAACGUCAGCUCCAUGGCCGGCAAGCUCAACAAGUACUCGCCCGAACUCCGCCACGCCUUCAUCGCCGCCUCAAAGUCUCAAGUCGCCGACUGCACCUCCCUCAUGCAAGACUUCACCAAGGCCGUACAAGAUGGCAACGAGAAAGAGCUGGGAUGGCCAUCGGCCGCAUACGCUGUCAGCAAGGCGGGCACAACGGCUUUCACAAAGGCCAUCGCUGCCCAGAACAACAAGGUCCUGAUCAACGCCUGCUGCCCGGGCUACGUCAACACCGACAUGACAAAGGGCAACGGCGUCAAGACCCCAGAUCAGGGCGCAAAGACUCCCGUCAUGCUCGCUCUCGACGACAUCAACGGCUCCUCGGGCGGCUUCUGGCAGAGCGAGAAGAUCAUUGAGUGGUGA